AUGUAUCGCUCACGGCGGAGAAUCUUGUCCUGGCCGGCCCUGCUGCUGAGCGCUGCCGUCCAGGCCGCCGCCGCCGCCCCUUCCAAUGCCUCGGGCGCGAGUGGCCCCUUAUCACCCGUAUCUUCCGCCGCUGCAUUGACGACACCCGGUCCCGACCUCGUCUCCUCCACCGCCGCCUUCACGUGGACCGGCACAGAAAGCAGCCUCGUCCGCCAGGUGCACUCGUGCGAAUCGGCCAAGCGUGCCUGGUACACAGCCUCGUCCGACUGGUACUGGUCCUCGCACGCCUCGUAUUCCUACUCGUCCACCACCACCUACGACACCCUCUGGCUGUCCAACUACACCGGCCCGCUGUCGACCUUCUGCGAUGGCGUGCCGCGCGCCUCGGGCCCCGCCCCGACCACCACCACCAUCGGCCAAGUCUACGUGAACUCGAUCCCUCCGCCCUUCCCGUCGCCGUCGCCGACGUGCACCUUCGACUACCAUGGCUGCGAGCUGGUCGUGUCGUCGUACCGCUCGUGGUAUGCCACCUCGCACCCGGCCACCGUCAACCCGCCGCUCCCGCCGCUGUGCGAGUGGGGUCCGAACGAAUGCAUCAUCCCGGCCGGCGAGGAGGAAUGCCGGCUGGACGCGGGCGACGUGAAGCUCAUCUUCUGGCCGCAGUCCAAGGACCCCUCGCAGCUCUGCGCCACCAACAACGGAGUCCCGAAAACCGCCGCCCCGACACCCGCGACCCCAGUCAUCGCCACGUCCGGGGACUACACCUUCACCUCGCCCUCGGUGUACCUCUCUUUCAAACAGCUCCAAGGCCUGCCCUGCUACAAGACCUGGACCUCGGCCAUCGUGCCCGUCCCCUCCACCGACAUCUCCAGCCUCGUCUUCGGCCAAACCAACCCGAUCGAGCGCACCACCUCCAUCAACUGGGCCGACAUGAACUCGCCCGUCCCGCUCAGCGCAUACAAGGGGCAGCAAAGCUGCUGGGACAACUGGCUCGGCGUGCGGGGCACCGCCGCGGGCGGCGACGGCUGCGCGACCGUCUACGACGACUACCUGCCCUGGCUCGCCCUGCCGACGAACCCCGCCCACUUCACCGCCAUCGACCCGCUGUUCGCCAACUGCACGUCGCUCUUCUGGCGCAAGUACGUCUUCGACCCGCCCUACUACCUCACCCCCGUCGGCGACCUCCUCCCCCCCACGCCCACCGCCACCGCCGACGCGAAAACGACCGCCACCACCGACGACGACAUCUCCGCCGCCCAGCAGCAGCAACCGACCGCCUCCGCCGCCGCCCUCACCACCACCCUACUCCCCGCAAAAACGACCAUAACGGCCCCACGCUUCGGCGGCGGCGGCGCCAUCGCCACCCUCACCCCACCCUCCUCUAACACCAACCCCUCCGACCCCUCCUCCAACACCAACCCCUCCGACCCCUCCGACCCCAACCCAAAUAACCCCACCAACCCCGCCGACCCCAUAACCAUCUCCGCCGACCCCGCCAACCCCAACGCCAUCCUCAUCAACCACGCCACCCUCCUCCCCGGCCAAGACUCCACCAUCGGCACCACCCCCAUCCUCGUCCGCACCGGCGCCGUCGUCAUCGGCGACCAAACCACCGUCGCUUUGCCCCUCGCCGCCACCGACACGGCGCCGCGCCCGAUCGCCACCGUCGCGGAUGGCAGGCUCGUCGUCGCCGCGGAUGGGGAGGGCAAUUUCGUGCUGCCGGGGGGAAGGACGUUGAGUGUGGGGGAGGGGCCGGUCGUGGUGGAGGGGGUGACGGUGGAGGUUUCUGUUGUGGCUGCGGCGACGGGGGCUGCGGCGACGGGAGGGGCGGAGGGCGCGGGGGAGGGGGGGCAGGUGUUGGUUGUGGAGGGGGGAGGUGCGGAGACGGUGACAGUGUCGGCGGGGGAGACGGGUGGAGGAGGUGGGGGUGGUGGUGGUGGUGAUGAUGGGGGGACGGGCGCGGUCGUGAGCGUGGGGACGCGCGUUAUCACGGCGCAGGAGGUGGGUGAGGAUGGCGUGCUGGUUGUUGGGGGCACGCGGACGAUUUCGGCGGGAGGGCCCGCGGCGUCGUUGGCGGAUGGGGUGGUGGUUAGUGCGGUGGCGGUGGGGACGGACGGAUCGGAGGCGGUUGUGGUGGUUGGGGAUGGCACGACGUCGACGGCGCGCGUGUCGUCGCUGUUGUCGAAGACGCGGACGACGAGCAAGUCGAGCGGGUUGGACGCGACGACGAGUGUGCCCGGGUUGGGCUGGGCGGGGGCGACGACGGCGGCGGCGGCGACGGCAUCGACGAAGUCGGAGGCUGCUGCGCCUGCUGCUGCGCUGAAGGGGAGUGCGGGCGAGUUUUGGUUGUCGGUUUUGGGCGGGGUCGCGUUGGUGGUUGUCGCGAUGGCAGGGUGA